GUUUCAUCCCGACUCCGGAUAUAAGGAUCUUGUGUCCGAAUAUAGUUUCGUCACGACGUGCCCAGUUUCACUUUCCAUUUUCCUGCUUUGGAUGACAUUGCUUACAAGAGAGAAGGUAUCCAGUCCUUUGACCUUUAAAGCAUCGUACACGUUCUGAAGGAGAGUUUAAAGAGGUUUGUUUCUGUUUCGAUGAGGUAAAAUGAUGUCAGUGGCUGAGGAAUCCCUAAAAGAGGCGGAGGAACUUGCCCAGCUGCUUGGUGAGGCUCUGAGCAGUGGAGACAAAGAAGAGGCCCUCAGAUGUUCAGAGCGCCUGUCUGACCUGGGGAUUCCUGUGAGCGUCAAGGUCUCCAAUCUGGCCUACCCACAGGAUGACAUAAAGCUGAAGGUUGGGGUGGGAGACUCCCAGUCAGAAAAUUACAUCCCUGUGACGGUGCUGGUGUCUGUUGACAUGACCAUCUCUGAGCUGAAAGAGAAGAUCAACAGUGACUAUGGGUUCCACCCCUACCUGCAACGCUGGGUAAUUGGAAAGCGUCUGACCAGAGACAAUGACACGCUAUACAGUCACGGCAUCUGUAAGAACGGCGACCAGGCCUUCCUGUACAUCCUGUCCUGCCAUGCUGCCAAACUCACCCGGCAGCACCACCUGCAGGACCAGGAGCACAGACUCCUUGACGGUAUAUAUGAGUCUGUGUACUCGGCGGAGCCUCAAGCGCUGGCUCAGAGUGCCAUCGAGAAGCCGACCCCGCCUCCUAAACCCGCGGUGACACGUCCUCCACCUCCUCCACCCAAACUACAGGUGGGUUGGUCGUGUCCAGAGUGUACCUAUGUAAACAAGCCCACCCGGCCAGGCUGUGAGAUGUGUGGACAUGAGAGGCCUGCAGGGUACCAGGUACCUGACAUCCACCAGCCAGACCUGGAGGAGAUACACCGAAUACAGCAGGAAGAGAUGGGCAACCUACAGUACCACCAGGUCUUGCAAGAGGAGCGUCAGAAGAACUUCCAGAGCCUUCUGGAAACUGACUCCCAGAGUUUGGUCCCCAACACACACAAGGUGCUCUGCCCCAUCUGCUUCAACUCCGUCCCUCCAGGAGAGGGCGCCACUCUCAGAGAAUGUCUGCACUCCUUCUGCAAGGAGUGUCUGAAGGGGACCAUAGUGACCAGCAUGGAUGCCGAAGUGUCAUGUCCCUAUGGUGAUGAGAACUACAGCUGUGAAAGCAAGCUUCAGGACAGAGAGAUCAAAUCUCUUCUCACCCCAGAGGAGCACCAGAAGUUCCUGGAGUUGCGUCUGAGCAUCGCUGAGACUCGGAGUGAGAACAGCUUCCACUGCAAGACCCAUGACUGUGCUGGCUGGUGUAUCUUUGAGGAUGAAGUCAACGAGUUCAACUGUGAACUCUGCAGCGAGACCAACUGCCUCCUCUGCAAGGCAAUCCACAAAGAUAUGAACUGUAAGGAGUACCAGGAUGACCUCCGCAUCAGAGCCGAGAAUGAUGAUGCAGCCAGGCAGACAACCCAGAUGCUGGAGGGCUUGUUGCAGAGUGGAGAGGCCAUGCACUGUCCCAAGUGUAAGGUCAUAGUUCAGAAAAAGGAUGGCUGUGAUUGGAUCUGCUGCCUGAUGUGUAAGACUGAGAUCUGUUGGGUCACCAAACAGGCUCGCUGGGGACCCGAGGGAAGAGGAGACACCUCAGGGGGUUGUGGCUGUAACUUCAAUGUGGCUCGCUGUCAUCCCAACUGCCAGAACUGCCACUGAGACCAGACUCCUCUUCAUGCGUGCUCCAUGGUUGCCCUCGACUACAGCACUGUACUACAGUGACACUGCUAUCCUAUUUGUUUCUCUCUAUAAGGCAAAUAUUAAAAAAAAAAUAUAUAUGGUUUGUGAAAAGCCUCUAAAGAAAGUACAAAUUACCACCACAAUCAUGGCUCUAUGUAUCCACAAACAAGGCGAUUUGUGUUGUUAUAAUGUGUGAAGUACAGUAGACCAGGGGCGCCGUAUAGGGGGAAAAAGUUAUGAAGAUUCUAAGGGGGCCCUGACUGACAGGAGCCCCCAAAAAUAAUCGAAAAAAAAAAAAAAAAACGAAUAGAAAAACAAAACGAAUAGAAAUUAUAAACGUUUUUUUGUUUUUCAUGGGGCAUGAAAUCCCGGCAUCGCCCCUGCAGCAGACUAACAUACAGCUGCAGUGCUGAAACAGGUGUUAUAGCUGUGUACAGGAUCAAAUGUGUUUGUGCAUCGUUGGGGCUGUGGUGGAAAAUAUAAUUUCCUUUUUUAAAAGGCUUUCCACAAACCCCAAUUUACCACAAGAAAUUGUCAAACAAAAGGACCGUACAGGCUAGAACUGUGGACCUCUUCCUCCAGGUGAAGGAGUCAUGAGUCCCCCUCGUCAGGCUCCAGGCUCCCACUCUGGAAGAGGCAGUUAGAUCUGACCCUCACUCUUCUUGGUUCCUCAUAGAAAGCACUUUAUAACUUUACCUAAAACAUUUUUUGUCUUGUUUCUUUGGGGGUUUAUUAAGCCUUUCUUCAUUCUCCAGGUGUUUGCUUUUCCAGGAUGUGCUGUGAUAUUGGGAUCCAUUUUGUUAUAAAACUUGUACAAUUUUACAAAAUAUGGUUGUGAAUGAGAAUGUCUUGUUUAGGUUGUUUGUAUUCAUUCCAUGUAUGUCAAUUUGAACUUGAUUCUUUAUGCUGAAUAGGUGUGUUGAUUAACCUAUGCAGUGUUGAAAAUGUGGCUUGAAAUCUACCGUCUAAGCCUAAUCAAGUGUGUUUUGUUGAUAAAUAUAGGUUUAGUCUGUUUUAUAAUUACAUUACUGACACACAUCAAAAUGGUGUAAAAAAUAUAUUUCGUGCAGAGCUAAUUACAAAUGCAAUUGUUUACAACUACCAAAGAAUGAAUAGAAAUGUCAUAAUUUUGACUUUACAUCUUUAAAACUGUAAAGUGCUCUCCUAUUUUUGGACAGUGCCAAUGGAAAUAUUUACAGCUACCCGAAGAAGAACAAUAAACAGA